AUGUCGACCGCGUCUGACCUGAUUGCCCAGCUCGACAAGCUCAGCAUCGGCAAGCCUGAGAUUCUGGAGCACGCUCAGGUCAAGGGCGGGCCAGAAUGGAAGGCUGAGCUUGAGAAGGCCGGCAAGACCGGUCUGGGAAUGACCAAGACUCUCCUGUUCAAACCCAAAACAGCCAAGACCGCUACCCCCACUCCUGUCCUCAUCGUCUCGCUCGAAUCCUCCGAAUACACCUCGGCGGCCAUCGGAAAGCUCCUCAACCUCAAAGAGCUCCGCCUGGCCUCUGAGGACCUCAUCAAGGAGACCUUCCCCGGUGCCGAGUCCAAGGACGACGUCUCGCUCUUCUCACUCCCUACUCCGGCGCCCGAGACGCUCCACCUGAUUCUGGAUGAGAAGCUCGCGAGCAGCGCCGAGCAGCAUCCGUUCAGGAUUGCAGGCGGGGCAGUGACGGCGUUCUUGACGGGCAAAGAAAUCAGGCAGUUCUUGGCGAGCGUGAAGGGCGGAGAGGGGGAGAAGGGGUUGAAAGUGGUGGAUUUCCAGCAGUUCAAGAGUGAGGGUGGUGAGGUCAAGAAGGAGGAGAAGAAGCAGCCUGCUGCACCUGUUGCAUCUGGCAUCAAGCCCCAGACUGUCAAGAAGGAUGACGACCAGUACGAGAUGGCUAUCCGGUUCAAGAAGGAGGAAGACUUUUCAGGAUGGUACACCGAGGUCCUUCUCAAAGGCCAAAUGCUCGACUACUACGAUAUCUCCGGAUGCUACAUCCUCCGUCCAUGGUCAUACACCGUCUGGCAGACUAUACAGAACUGGUUUGACGACGAGAUCAAAAAGCUCGGCGUGCAGGACUGCUACUUCCCCAUGUUCGUCUCCCAGGCGAGGUUGGAGAAGGAGAAGGACCACAUUGAGGGGUUCGCGCCUGAAGUGGCUUGGGUGACCAAAGCCGGCUCGAAAGAUCUCGAGGAGCCUAUUGCUAUCCGUCCCACAUCCGAGACUGUCAUGUAUCCUUACUACGCCAAGUGGAUCCAAUCCCACCGAGACCUCCCCCUCAAGCUGAACCAGUGGAACUCUGUCGUUCGAUGGGAAUUCAAGAACCCCCAACCCUUCCUCCGAACCCGCGAAUUCCUCUGGCAAGAAGGCCACACCGCCUUCCUCCACAAGUCGGAAGCCGAGCAAGAAGUCUUGCAGAUCCUCGACCUGUACGAAAAGGUCUACACCGACAUCCUCGCCGUUCCCGUCCUCAAGGGCGUCAAAUCCGAAAAGGAGAAAUUCGCCGGCGGAGAUUACACAACCACCGUCGAGGGAUUCAUCCCCACGACCGGCCGUGGGAUCCAGGGCGGAACAUCGCACCACCUCGGACAAAACUUUUCCAAGAUGUUUGACGUGGUCGUCGAGAGUCCGGAUACGACGCUCGCGGACCGCAAGAUGUACGUGUACCAAAACUCGUGGGGGUUGUCGACGCGGACGAUCGGAGUCAUGGUGAUGAUCCAUGGAGACGAUCAGGGGCUGGUGUUGCCCCCGAGGGUUGCGCUGCAGCAGGUGGUUAUUGUGCCUGUUGGGCUGAGUAAGGCGGAGGGGAACAAUGAGGGGAUUUACAACAAGUGUUUGCAGUUGGAGAGGGAAUUGAUCUCGGCGGGUAUUAGGGCCAAGGCGGAUAUUAGGGAGGGAUACACUCCGGGAUGGAAGUUUAACGAUUGGGAGUUGAGGGGCGUUCCUCUCCGGCUCGAAUUGGGUCCUAGGGAUAUCGCAGCCAACACGACCCUUUCGGUCCGUCGAUACGACAACCAAAAGACCCCCAUGCCCCUUCCCGAUAUCGCCGUGACGGUCCGGAAAUACCUGGACGAUAUCCAGUCGGCCAUGCUCGUGCGCGCCCAAAAGACGUUUGAUGAGCGUUUGAAGAUCGUCACCAAGUGGGAGGACGUGGUAUCUACGUUGGAUGCCAAGAAUGCGUUGAUUGUGCCGUGGUGCGAGGCGGAGAAGUGCGAGGAUGAUAUCAAGGAGAGGAGUAAGGGACAGGUCGUCGAGGGUGUCGCAGAGGAUGCCAAGGCUCCAUCGGCUGGCGCGAAAUCGCUUUGUAUUCCGCACGACCAAGAGCGAUUCGGCGCGUUCCCGGAUGGAGAGAACCAGAAGUGUAUCCAAUGUGGCGAGAAGGCCAAGCGGUGGACCAUGUUCGGAAGGAUACCCGGGCGAGGGAACGAUACGAUCUGCCGCACAUAG